UUAGCUCUGUGAUGACCUGAUGGCACUGAACUCAAAAUCUACCACUGUCAAAACUACGUAUUAAUGAAAAAUAGUGAGACUUCCUGGAAGAGGUUUCACAAGCCUGAGCCAAUCCUAGACACUGUCAUCAAUCACCACUAGAUGGUACCAGAGAACGUGAAGAGUGUCCUGAACCUUCAACAGACGGUGCGAUUUUUCCUGCUCACACUGCAGGUGUCAGAGGAAUAAUGCAACCUGCAUUUCAUUAGCUGAGGAUUUAAUUAGAGAACUUCCCAUUGAUUUUAAGUUAAUAAUUAUGAAGGCAAAUAAUAAACAUGGUAGAUUUAGUGUAUGUGGAUUAUUUAUAUAGACUUUCAACAACAUCACUUUGUUACAAAAACAGUUUUACGAAAAUUGGGUUUCUGAUGUCAAAACAAAAAUGCCACAUUCUGUGGGCUGCCCGACUUACAGGUUACCCAGCUAAAUUGUUUUGUUUUGCAGUGUGUUAUUGCAGAUAAUCUUUAUGAAUUUUGCUUUUACAUCUUCGGUUGACUUCAAAUUACAUUUAGUUAAAAUAUUUUUUCCCAGUAAACCCCAGCUGAGCAUAUUCUUGCUGUUGCUGAGAAAUCAUUCAACUAUCAGAGUAUAAGUGGGCUAAUUUCUGGGGAAUUUAAUAAUAACGAGAUUUUAGUAAUCCCCCCCAAAAAUGCAUCAAACAUCCCUGAUGCUUAGAGAGAAGUGGUUUGGAGAAUCCUCAGCUACUCCAGUUACUUUGCACCAAUUACUGAUCGGUGCAACAAAACUUUUAAACGUUCCUCCCAAACCACUUUUGUUCAAGGAAACAAGCAAAGUGGGUUAAGGUAACAGGAACCCAUUUUAUUUUAGAAUGAGACUGUGUCAAAUAAACAGUUUGAGGUAGUUAAUCUUCAAGGGAGCGUCACCGACCAGUUUGAAGAUUAGAUUUGCGUUUCCAUCAGGACUGGAGCAAAGAUUUAAUCAUUCCUCGGUGUACCAAAGCAAAGACGUUGUCGAGGUCGAAUGUUGCCAGAUUUGAAGUUAAUCUUCAGGACGUAUCCAUGUUUGCGGAUCAGCGGCUUGGCUGUGGCCUCAAUUGAGCGCCUGCACGGGAGGGACGCUCAGCCGUGUCAAGUCAGCCGAAGACAGUGAGAGAGAGACCAGACACGGGGCAAGCUUGAUUUCAUAAUAAAAGCAUUCAAUUCAUGGGUAUAUUGGGUACCAGCAGAUGCAGAAAAAAUUAUUUAAACAUUUAAACAGAAUAUUGUCAGGGUUCUGGGAUUGGGGAAUUAGAGUCAUAAGCAAGACACGCUCAGUUAAAUAUGGGAAUUAGUUGUAUGUAAGAAAUAUGUGUAUAUAAUAUGAAUAGAUAAUCCAAGAUGGCAUGAACAACCACUGUACAUUAUGUUGUAGAUAAUCCAAAAAGAACAAAAUAUUUCUAAAUAAAUUCUGGCACAGACUGGAGAAAAGGCUAAUUAAGGGUCUAAUCUUUACAAUGAUAACUAAAUGUAUAACAUUUUUUAUGUAAAAUCGCCAAUGCAAAAAUAUAUAUGCAGCUAAAAAUAGUAUUUUUGUUUUGUUCAUUUUAAAUACACAUUUAGUGUCUGAGAUACAUGAAACAUAUUCCUCAGUUUUUUGUUUUUUUUUUAUUUAUCGUUUGCCAGUUCAGCUUUUAUUUUGAAAGUUGUAACUAGAAAUGCUGUUCUCUACGCUUGCGUACUUGACAGCAGGAGAACGGCGCACGGUCCUCCUCCUCAGUUGCAGCCUACAAUUCAAGUGUGCACCGGGAAAAAAAAAAGACGUGAUAAAAGGGAUGUCUGGACAAUGACUAUGGGAAGCUAAACCUUACUCUCACAUGAAGGAUUUGAGAAUGGCAAAACUGGAGUUCUUCUGAUUAGCGACAACUGCAAGUGGAGUGUGUGUUUUUGUUGUUGUUGUUUUUCUCAUCACAAUGUGUGAGGCAUGGAUGUGGGUCGGAUGCCAGUUUAUUUUUGUUAUGGAUACAAGGACUGGCAAGUUAACAGCAUGAGUUACCGAGGGCAGAAAAACUGAUAUCAAUGUUAAAUUCGACUCUGGAGGGAGGACCAUGGCGAAAAGGAAGGGACUGUUAUUCUCACUGCUGUACUUUAUGGCAGAGUUUUGCCUCACUUCGCAGCAAGUCCUGAGAAUUGGGGGCAUCUUUGAGACACUUGAAAAUGAGCCCAUUAGUGUUGAAGAACUGGCCUUUAAAUUUGCUGUAACCAACAUAAACAGGAACCGGACUUUAAUGCCAAACACCACAUUGACCUAUGACAUCCAGAGAAUAAACCUAUUUGACAGCUUCGAGGCCUCAAGAAGAGCCUGUGACCAGUUGGCACUGGGUGUUGGGGCUGUAUUUGGCCCCUCUCACAGCUCAUCUGUCAGUGCGGUCCAGUCUAUUUGUAACGCCCUAGAAGUCCCUCACAUCCAGACACGCUGGAAACACCCUUCAGUGGACAACAAAGACAGUUUCUACAUUAACCUCUACCCUGAAUACACCUCCAUAAGCCGAGCAGUGUUGGACAUAGUGCAGUUCUACAAGUGGAAGACGGUCACCGUGGUCUAUGAGGAUGCAACUGGACUGAUUCGUUUGCAAGAGUUGAUCAAAGCUCCAUCCAGAUACAGCAUUAAAAUCAAGAUCCGCCAGCUGCCAACAGGAAGUAAAGAUGCCCGUCCUCUGCUGAAAGAGAUGAAGAAGGGGAAGGAGUUCUAUGUCAUCUUUGACUGCUCUUACCAAACAUCAGCUGAUGUUCUCAAGCAGAUCUUGUCCAUGGGGAUGAUGACUGAAUAUUACCACUUCUUCUUCACCACACUGGACCUGUUUGCCCUCGACCUGGAGCCAUACCGCUACAGUGGGGUCAACAUGACGGGGUUUAGGCUGCUCAACAUAGACAGCCCUCAGGUGGCCUCAGUGGUGGAGAGGUGGGCCAUGGAACGACUGCAGGCUCCCUCCAAAGCUGAGACUGGAAUGAUGGAGGGGAUGAUGACAACUGAAGCAGCUCUGAUGUACGAUGCCGUCUACAUGGUGGCUGCUGCCUCGCAGCGCACCUCCCAGAUCACUGUCAGCUCCCUUCAGUGCCACAGACACAAACCCUGGCGCUUUGGAUCACGCUUCAUGAACAUGCUCAAAGAUGCACAAUGGAACGGCUUGACGGGUCAAAUAAUUAUAAACAAGACAGACGGCCUGCGGAAAGAAUUUGAUUUAGAUGUCAUCAGCCUAAAGGAGGAUGGCUUGGAGAAGAUCGGCGUGUGGAACUCUCAAACAGGCCUUAAUUUAACUGAAAACAACAAGGAUUCAUCCACAAAUGUGACUGACUCAAUGGCCAACAGAACUCUUAUUGUCACUACUAUUCUGGAAAAUCCUUAUGUCAUGUACAAGAAAUCUGAUAAGCCGCUGUAUGGAAAUGACCGCUUCGAGGGCUACUGCCUCGACCUGCUUAAAGAGCUCUCCAACAUUUUGGGCUUCUCCUAUGAGGUAAAGCUGGUGUCAGAUGGUAAAUAUGGAGCUCAGAAUGACAAGGGAGAGUGGAACGGCAUGGUGCGAGAACUCAUUGAUCACGUGGCUGACCUGGCUGUGGCCCCUCUCACCAUCACAUACGUGAGGGAAAAGGUGAUAGAUUUCUCCAAGCCCUUCAUGACUCUGGGGAUCAGCAUCCUCUACCACAAGCCCAACGGAACCAAUCCAGGAGUGUUCUCUUUCCUCAACCCGCUCUCUCCAGAUAUCUGGAUGUAUGUGUUGCUGGCCUGCCUUGGUGUCAGCUGUGUGCUGUUUGUCAUUGCCAGGUUUACUCCCUAUGAGUGGUACAACCCUCACCCCUGCAACCCAGACUCAGACGUGGUUGAAAACAACUUCACUCUAAUAAAUAGUGUCUGGUUUGGAGUUGGAGCACUUAUGCAGCAAGGAUCUGAACUGAUGCCUAAGGCCCUCUCUACCAGGAUAGUUGGUGGGAUAUGGUGGUUCUUUACAUUGAUAAUAAUCUCCUCAUACACUGCCAACUUGGCCGCCUUCCUCACUGUGGAGAGAAUGGACUCACCAAUUGACUCUGCAGAUGACUUAGCCAAGCAAACCAAAAUAGAGUACGGAGCUGUAAGAGACGGCUCCACCAUGACCUUUUUUAAGAAAUCCAAGAUCUCAACCUAUGAGAAAAUGUGGGCAUUCAUGAGCAGCAGGAAAAACACAGCCUUGGUGAAGAACAACCGGGAGGGGAUUCAGAGGGUCCUCACCACAGACUAUGCUCUAUUGAUGGAGUCGACCAGCAUCGAGUACAUCAGCCAGCGCAAUUGCAACCUCACACAGAUCGGAGGCUUGAUUGAUUCAAAGGGCUAUGGUGUGGGAACCCCAAUUGGCUCCCCUUACAGAGACAAGGUCACCAUCGCCAUCUUGCAGCUUCAGGAGGAAGGGAAGCUGCACAUGAUGAAGGAGAAAUGGUGGAGGGGGAAUGGCUGCCCAGAGGAGGACAGCAAAGAGGCCAGUGCCCUGGGUGUGGAAAACAUAGGGGGAAUCUUUAUUGUGCUGGCAGCCGGACUAGUCCUCUCAGUUUUUGUAGCAAUUGGAGAGUUUAUUUACAAAUCCAGAAAAAACUUGGAUAUUGAGGAGGUGAGUGUCGGCCAGUGCGAAUGGCACAACAAAUAUUAACACACUAGGGGAUACAAUCUCAGACUGUUAUGAACCUGCUACACAUUUGCGUUGUCAUUGUUGUCAUCAGAGGUACUGCAGUAAUCACUGGGCCCAACAAAAAUCUCCAGUCUGAAUGUGUUGAACUGCAUUGUUACAAUCAAAACAUAUGUUUUUAAUGCAGGAUUUAGUGUUUUAAGUAGUUUUGAAGUAGAGCACAUGAACAUUUUAGUCUUGAUUGGAAGAAUACAUUUGAAACCCUUUUUAGGAUGGUUGUCGACUGCUGACAUCAUGACGCUUGACCAUCUUGGCCUUUCUGUUUUUCACAAAAAAACUGUAAAAUUGUGACUUUGUUUUGUGUGAAAAAAAAAUGUCAUUGUCAUGCCAUGAUAUUGUCGGUAAGUGAUGGUAAGUGGUAUCUUUUGAGGCAUGUUUGCCAUGUUAAUUUCAACAACUGCAGUAGGCUUGAGGGGAUUCUGUUGAAAAAUGUUUGCGGUUUUCAUAUUCAUAGCGCACAGAAACUGACAUAAGAGCACUACUUUUUACCACUUUUGUAUGUACUCAUGUAUUUUAAAAAAAAUCUUAUGAUUUACUCAGUGACAGUUGUUUCCAAUUUGUUUAUGAAUGAGUGCUCCCUCAAGAUUUUAUUCAUCAAGUUGCUUAAUGUCUAUACUUUUUUUUCUUUGUUUUUUUGCUUUUUGUAUUAUAUGAAGUUCAUGAACAUGCAUGUAUAAGUUUCAUCAUGUUGGAGUUGUUUCAGAAUGACUAAAGUUAU